GUGAGUUUUGUGGGGCUGCUUUAAGGCUUGGAGAAUAUGCUUAUGAUAGCGAUGCCUUAUGUGGAGGAAAAUUCUAUUGCAUACCCCAUUUCCGAAUGCAAAAACAGGAUGUUAGAAGACAAGAAAUGAUGAAGAGAAAAGAAGCGUUUCUCUCUUGUGCGAUAGAGAAGCAGGAGAAAGAAAAGCUUUACCAAAUCUUGCUCGACAAUACUGAAAAAGCGCUGUCACCUGGUCGCCAGUCUGUCGACAACAAAGAUGCGCCUUCAGCAUCUCCAGAGGUAGUAGAAGAAAAACUUAAACCAGCUAUGAGUUUCUUAGAGGAACCCGAGAAUGCCAUUGGACGUGACCAAACCCCAGAAAGAGUGGAGUAUGAAAACAGCAUAUUAGAAUUCUCUGAAGAUGAUCUUUUAACUAGUGAGUUGGAGGAAGAAGAACUUACUCAAAAGAAUUUCGGUCCAUCGCAAGAUUUGGCUACCAGUGAAGAUGACUAUUCAGACUUGAGGUAUUUAAUUUGUUUAUUAAAAUUUGAAGGUUUUUAUUUAGUCUAA